AGCCGCGCGGGCUCAGCGGCCACGGGCGCGGCCUCCGCCACUCCCCCCCCCCGCCCGGGGCAGCUCGCUUCCAGGCCAUGGCGCGCAAUGAUGAGGAGGACGAGGAGGGCCGCAAGCCUCACAAGGCCAACCUCGACGACGAAUUCUUGAAGAACCCGUACUCGGGAGCCUCCUUCCGCAACCCUUUCCUCGACAGGAACCGCUUGGGGAACCGCUCGGCGCCCAUCAUCCUCCAGGCGGCCGAGUACAGCUACAACAGCCUCGACGAGACGCUCGCGGAGUGGAAGUGCGUGAGCGUGUCGGAGGCCAGCCUCAAGCAAAUGGCGCCCCAGAGCGGAAUCAGCCGGCGCAGUCCCUUGCAACGCGCGGCGUUGCAGCGUUUGAACGACUUGCAGACGGGCUUCGAGUUCAUCGUGGCCUUGCGCAAGUCCAGUUUCGUCGCCCCCCGUGUGCAGCGCCGCAGGCCCGAGCAGAAGACCAUCAGUGGCCAGAUCGUCGACAAGCUCUGCAUCGAGGCAAGACCACCUGGGGAUUCGUACAGUGACAGACACCGGCGCGUCUCUCCGCGUGGAGGCCAUCAACGAGGGGCUCGUGGCGGUCUGGAACCGCAACUUCGAGCGCACCCUGGCCCUUCAGGUCCGGCCCGGCGACCACAUCACCAAGGCGAACGGCAAGGUGGGCGGCUUGGCCAUAUUGGAGGAGAUGACGGGCCCCUCGGACCAGAUCCGGCUCUCGGUGAGGCGGAGCCCGCAGCUGCAGUCGUCCCGCGCCGGGUCCAGGGUGCCGACUGAGAUGGCCCCCUGAAGGGCAUUCCAGCAAUCUGCGGGGCGCGCCGAUGCUCGAUCCCAGACCUGCAACGACUUGACACAAGGAACGACGCACGCGUCUGUCCGCGAUUUCGGCGUCCAGGGCCCGUUGAGGGCCUUGGGGCAACUACC